AUGGAUGUGUGUCUGAGCUCCGAGCAGCAGCCUGGGCGCCUCGGGGAAGGACCACGCUCCCCAGUUGGCUGGCUAGAGGCGGAGGAAGAGACUGUCCAGAAAGAUGGCACCAGUAGACCUACAGGAGAUCUUAACAACACAAAGCCAUCUCUUCGUAGCCUGCAGAAAUUUGUCCCUACAGAUUAUGCCAGCUACACUCAGGAGAAUUACCUGUUUGCAGGCAAGAAGAUUGUCGUCCAAGAAUCCAUAGAGAGUUACGGAGCAGUGGUGUGGCCAGGGGCUAUGGCUUUGUGUCAGUAUUUGGAGGAGCAUACAGAGGAAUUGAAUUUUCAAGAUGCUAAAAUACUUGAGAUUGGUGCUGGACCAGGCUUAGUUUCCAUCGUGGCCAGUUUUUUAGGAGCUCAAGUCACGGCCACGGAUUUGCCUGACGUCCUAGGAAACCUUCAACACAACCUUUUAAAGAACACACUAACACACACAGCACAUCUGCCUGAAGUGAAAGAACUGGUGUGGGGAGAAGGGCUGGAACAGAACUUCCCCAAGUCGACUUUCUAUUAUGACUACGUUCUGGCCUCCGACGUGGUCUACCACCACUACUGCCUGGACAAGCUGCUCUCCACCAUGGCGCACCUCUGCCAGCCCGGGACUGUGUUGCUUUGGGCAAACAAGUUCAGGUUCAGCACUGACUAUGAAUUUCUAGAUAAAUUCAAGCAGGUUUUUGAUACAACGUUCUUGGCUGAAUUUCCAGAGUCGUCAGUGAAAAUUUUUAAAGGAACACUAAAAUGGGACUAA